UGGUCUUGAAGAGGAUCCUCGGAAAGGAAUGGGCCCUGCUCUCCUGAAGCUGUUUGCCCUGAUCCCAGGAAUGCUCUAGAGGGUAGAAGGACGCUUCCAGAAGACAGCCAAGAUGAAUAUGGUGAAGCGGAUCAUGGGCCGGCCGCGGCAGGAGGAGUGCAGCCCCCAGGACAACGCGCUGGGGCUCAUGCAUCUGCGUCGCCUCUUCACAGAGCUUUGCCAUCCUCCGCGGCACAUGACCCAGAAAGAACAAGAGGAAAAACUUUACAUGAUGCUGCCGGUGUUCAACAGAGUGUUUGGAAAUGCUCCUCCAAGUACAAUGACAGAAAAAUUUUCUGACCUCCUGCAGUUUACUACCCAAGUGUCACGACUGAUGGUGACGGAGAUUCGUCGGAGAGCAUCAAAUAAGUCCACAGAGGCCGCAAGUCGUGCCAUAGUCCAGUUUCUGGAGGUCAAUCAAAGUGAAGAAGCAAGUAGAGGUUGGAUGCUGCUCACGACAAUUAAUUUACUAGCUUCAUCAGGACAGAAAACUGUGGACUGCAUGACUACAAUGUCAGUGCCUUCCACACUUGUAAAAUGUCUAUAUCUGUUUUUUGACCUUCCACAUGUGCCUGAGGUAGUUGGGGGAGCACAGAAUGAGCUACCUCUCGCAGAGCGGCGAGCACUGCUACAGAAAGUAUUUGUACAGAUCUUAGUAAAAUUGUGCAGUUUUGUGUCUCCGGCGGAAGAACUGGCUCAAAAGGAUGAUCUCCAGCUUUUAUUCAGUGCAAUAACCUCCUGGUGCCCUCCCUAUAAUCUGCCUUGGAGGAAGAGCGCGGGGGAGGUACUAAUGACCAUAUCGCGUCACGGCCUUAGCGUCAAUGUAGUCAAAUACAUCCAUGAAAAAGAAUGUUUGUCCACGUGUGUUCAGAACAUGCAGCAGUCUGAUGACCUUUCUCCUCUAGAAAUAGUUGAAAUGUUUGCUGGGCUUUCCUGUUUUCUCAAAGAUUCCAGCGAUGUAUCACAAACGCUACUGGAUGAUUUUAGAAUAUGGCAAGGAUACAACUUCCUCUGUGACCUCUUGCUCAGGUUAGAACAGGCAAAAGAAGCCGAAUCUAAGGACGCUCUGAAGGAUUUGGUGAAUUUGAUAACUUCCUUGACCACGUAUGGCGUCAAUGAAUUGAAACCAGCUGCUGUUGCCACAGGGGUCCCUUUUCUGCUCCCUGGCUUCGCAGUCCCCCAGCCUGCAGGCAAAGGUCACAGUGUGAGGAAUAUUCAAGCGUUCGCCGUCCUCCAGAAUGCAUUUUUGAAAGCAAAAACCAACUAUCUAGCACAAAUCAUUCUUGAUGCCAUCACAAAUAUUUAUAUGGCGGACAAUGCCAACUACUUCAUUUUGGAAUCACAGCACACACUGUCUCAGUUUGCAGAGAAAAUUUCUAAACUUCCAGAAGUGCAGACCAAGUACUUUGAGAUGCUGGAAUUUGUUGUCUUCAGCUUAAAUUACAUACCCUGUAAAGAACUGAUCAGCGUGAGCAUCCUUUUAAAAUCCAGUACCUCUUACCAGUGUAGCAUCGUUGCAACGAAGACACUUCUUAAAUUCACUCGUCAUGACUACAUCUUUAAGGAUGUCUUCAGGGAGGUGGGGCUUUUGGAGGUGAUGGUAAAUCUUCUUCAUAAAUAUGCAGCCCUUUUGAAAGAUCCCACUCAGGCUCUGAACGAUCAAGGGGAUUCAAGAAACAGCUCAUUUGAGGACCAAAAGCAGCUGGCUUUAUUGGUUAUGGAAACAUUGACAGUACUACUGCAAGGAUCAAACACGAAUGCAGGUAUUUUCAGGGAGUUUGGUGGGGCGAGAUGUGUGCACAACAUAGUGAAGUACCCGCAGUGCCGGCAGCACGCGCUGAUGAUCAUCCAGCAGCUGGUGUUAUCACCCAGCGGGGAGGACGAUAUGGGCACUUUGCUGGGCCUCAUGCACUCCGCUCCACCUACAGAACUGCAGCUGAAGACAGACAUCCUUAGGGCCCUACUCUCAGUGCUAAGAGAAAGCCACCGCACCAGAACUGUAUUUAGAAAAGUUGGUGGAUUUGUGUAUGUCACAUCUUUACUCGUUGCCAUGGAAAGAUCCUUGUGCUCACCACCGAAGAAUGGCUGGGAGAAAGUAAACCAGAAUCAAGUGUUUGAACUGCUUCACACUGUGUUCUGCACACUGACUGCAGCGAUGCGCUAUGAGCCAGCCAACUCUCACUUCUUCAAAACAGAGAUCCAGUAUGAAAAGCUGGCAGAUGCUGUUCGAUUGCUUGGCUGCUUCUCAGACUCUAGGAAAAUAAGUCCCUUGAAUGUCUUCCCUUCAAAUACACAGCUAUUUCAAAGACUAUUGGAGGAUGACCUAAAAUCCCUGGAUUCAGUGUCACCCACGCUACGGCACUGCAGCAAACUUUUUAUUUACCUCUACAAAGUAGCAACAGAUUCUUUUGACAGUCGUGCAGAACAGAUUCCUCCUUGCCUGACAAAUGAGACUUCUCUCCCCUCUCCCUGGGGAACACCAGCUUUGUCCAGGAAAAGGCAUGCAUAUCACUCUGUCUCAACACCUCCUGUUUACCCUCAGAAAAACAUUGCUGAUGCAAAACUCCAGACAGGAUCUACGUCGCUUCAGAGCUCUGAGGCAGUUAUUAUCCACCCUGGUGCUAUGCUUGCAAUGCUUGAUCUUCUCGCCUCUGUUGGAUCAACCACACAGCCAGAACACGCGCUGGACCUCCAGCUGGCGGUGGCCAACAUCUUGCAGAGCCUGGUGCAUACGGAAAGAAACCAGCAGGUGAUGUGCGAGGCCGGGCUGCACGCGCGGCUGCUGCAGCGCUGCAGCGCGGCGCUGGCCGACCAGGACCACUCGCUGCCCCCGCCGCUCCAGCGCAUGUUCGAAAGGCUGGCGUCGCAGGCCCUGCAGCCCAUGGUGCUGAGGGAAUUUUUACGCCUGGGAAAUCCUUUGAAUUGUGGAGCUUGGGAUAAAAAGCUACUGAAACAAUAUCGGGUGCAUAAACCCAGCUCAUUGAGUUUUGAACCAGAGAUGAGAAAUAGCAUGGUGACCUCUAUGGAAGGCCUCGGUUCUGACAGCGUGUUCAGCUUGCAUGAAGACAGCCACUAUCGGAUAAGCAAGAGCCUGCUAAAACCAGCAGAAGGGAGCACAGUGCCCCUGACGAGAGUGAAGUGUUUGGUCUCCAUGACUACCCCACAUGAUAUCAGGCUUCAUGGAUCAUCGGUCACUCCUGCUUUUAUUGAAUUUGACACUUCUCUCGAAGGGUUCGGCUGUCUGUUCUUGCCAAGUCUGGCUCCCCACAACGCACCUACAAAUAAUGCAGUCACAACAGGACUUGUGGAUGGCGCAGUUGUCAGUGGGAUCGGAACUGGUGAAAGAUUUUUCCCACCACCAUCUGGCUUAAGCUACUCCACUUGGUUUUGCAUCGAACACUUCAGUACCCCUCCCAAUAGCCACCCAGUCAGGCUGCUUACUGUCGUGCGCCGUGCCAACUCCUCUGAGCAGCAUUACGUCUGCCUGGCCAUCGUCCUCUCAGCAAAAGACCGGUCACUAAUUGUAUCCACUAAAGAAGAGUUGCUUCAGAACUACGUUGAUGACUUCAGUGAAGAAUCAUCGUUUUAUGAAAUUCUUCCUUGUUGUGCCCGUUUUCGCUGCGGUGACCUUAUAGUGGAAGGCCAGUGGCAUCACCUAGUUCUGGUCAUGAGUAAAGGCAUGCUGAAGAACAGCACAGCUGCACUGUACCUUGAUGGGCAGCUCAUUAACACUGUCAAGCUUCACUAUAUUCACAGUAGCCCCAGUGGGUCUGGGUCUGCCAAUCCCCCCGUGGUCAGCACGGUUUAUUCCUACAUCGGCACGCCACCGGCCCAGCGCCAGCUCUCCUCCUUGGUGUGGCGUUUGGGGCCGACACAUUUCUUGGAGGAAGUUUUGCCUGCUGCAAGCGUUAGCACCAUUUAUGACCUGGGACCAAAUUACGUUGGAAGCUUUCAGGCAGUGAACUUAUCAUGCAAGGAUUCUAAGUCAGAAGGAAUCAACCCAUCUCCAAUAUCUCUGGUACCAGAAGAGAAGGUCUCUUUUGGUCUCUAUGCACUCUCCGUUUCUUCAUUCACCGUGGCAAAAAUAAGAAAAGUUUACAACAAGCUGGAUAGUAAAGCCAUUGCAAAACAGUUGGCAGUUUCUUCUCAUGAAAAUGCCACACCUGUGAAGUUGCUACAUAACUCAGCAGGGCAUCUGAAUGGACCAGCUCGCACUAUUGGUGCAGCUUUGAUAGGAUACCUGGGAGUAAGAACAUUUGUCCCCAAGCCUGUUGCCACUACGCUGCAGUACAUAGGUGGAGCUGCAGCUAUCCUGGGGCUUGUAGCCAUGGCAUCAGAUGUAGAAGGACUGUAUGCAGCUGUGAAGGCCUUGGUCUGUGUGGUAAAGAGCAAUCCACUAGCCAGCAAAGAAAUGGAAAGAAUCAGAGGUUAUCAGUUACUGGCGAUGCUGUUAAAGAAGAAACGUUCCCUUCUGAACAGUCACAUCCUUCAUCUGACCUUUUCCUUGGUGGGGACUGUCGACAGCGGGCACGAGACUUCCAUUAUCCCAAAUUCUACUGCCUUCCAGGACCUGCUCUGUGAUUUUGAAGUCUGGCUUCAUGCACCCUAUGAGCUUCACCUGUCACUAUUUGAGCACUUCAUUGAACUUCUCACAGAGUCCAGCGAAGCAGCAAAGAAUGCUAAAUUAAUGAGGGAAUUCCAGCUCAUCCCAAGACUGCUUUUGACUCUUCGGGAUAUGUCUCUGUCCCAGCCCACCAUUGCUGCAAUUAGUAAUGUGUUGAGCUUUCUGCUUCAAGGCUUCCCCAGCAGCUAUGACUUACUCAGGUUUGGACAGUUCAUCUCUUCCACUUUACCUACGUUUGCAGUCUGUGAGAAGUUUGUAGUCAUGGAAAUAAAAAAUGAAGAAAAACUUGACAGUGGAACAGAGGAUGAUUUUGGAGGACUUGUUUCUGCUAAUCUUAUUCUACUGCGGAACAGGCUAUUGGAUAUCCUUCUGAAACUUCUGUAUACAUCUAAAGAAAAGACAACUGUUAAUUUGCAGGCAUGUGAAGAACUAGUGAAGACACUGGGUUUUGAUUGGAUCAUGAUGUUUAUGGAAGAACAUCUCCAUUCCACCACCGUCACAGCUGCCAUGAGGAUUCUUGUGGUCCUGUUGAGCAACCAGCCCAUCCUGAUGAAAUUUAAGGAAGGGCUCAGUGGUGGAGGCUGGCUUGAGCAGACAGACUCUGUCUUGACCAAUAAGAUUGGCACUGUGCUAGGGUUCAAUGUCGGCAGGAGUGCUGGUGGCAGAUCAACGGUCAGGGAGAUUAACCGGGACGCUUGCCACUUCCCCGGCUUCCCCGUUCUGCAGUCCCUUCUCCCCAAGCACACUAAUGUGCCUGCCCUCUAUUUCCUCCUCAUGGCCCUUUUCCUGCAGCAGCCAGUCACUGAACUGCCCGAAAACCUGCAGGUCAGUGCGCCUGUCAUCAGCAGCCGAUGUAAUCAGGGUGGCCAGUUUGAUUUAGACUCUAUCUGGACAUACAUAUUUGGAGUUCCUGCCUCCUGUGGCACGGUUACCUCUUCAGUACACAAUGUUUGCACAGAAGCUGCCUUCUUGUUAUUGGGAAUGCUGAGGAGCAUGCUGAAUUCUCCUUGGCAGUCGGAGGAGGAAGGCUCUUGGCUUCGCGAAUACCCGGUCACCUUGAUGCAGUUCUUCCGGUAUUUGUAUCACAACGUGCCGGACCUCGUUUCCUUGUGGAUGAGCCCAGAGUUCCUGUGUGCCCUGGCAGCAACUGUGUUUCCUUUCAACAUCCGACCUUACUCUGAGAUGGUCACUGAUCUUGAUGAUGAAGUCGGGUCACCAGCAGAAGAGUUCAAAGCCUUUGCAGCUGACUCUGGCAUGAACAGGAGCCAGUCAGAAUACUGCAACGUGGGCACCAAGACAUACCUAACCAACCACCCUGCCAAGAAGUUUGUGUUCGACUUCAUGCGUGUGCUGAUAAUUGAUAAUUUAUGCCUGACACCAGCCAGCAAGCAGACUCCACUAGUAGAUCUUCUGUUAGAGGCUUCCCCUGAAAGAUCAACACGAACACAGCAGAAGGAGUUUCAGACUUAUGUUUUAGAUAGUGUGAUGGACCACUUACUUGCAGCUGAUGUUUUAUUGG